AGCGCGCUCUGCUCCUGGGCUCUGUACCACUGCUCGUGCUCGGCCCAGCUGUGCAACGUGAGGAUGCUGCCAGCUCCCCAGCUGAGCUGCAUCUAGGGAAGGGCGAGGGGGAUGUUUUUAGUGGGCAUUUAGCCGGUUGGCUAUCUAGCUUCUGGAGAGCUUUCCAGUUCUGGCCACAUGCUUGAUGGGGAUUUUGAUGCAGGAAAUGGUUCUUUUUUUUAGCUUUAGCUGUGUCACAAAUGCUCACAAAUCUAAGGAUGCUUCGCUGUUUAGCAGCAUAAGUCGUAGGCUCAUACUAAGACUCUACCUCUUCUUCUACAUACAGUGUGCAUCGAGGCUGGGAAAAAUUUCUUUUUUCAUCAGCCUUGUUCACAUGCAGGCUUGCAUUUGAUUUUCCAAAAGAAACUGUUUCUGCUUGUCAUAAUGCAACCAGCUGGGGAGGGUUUAGUGAAAAUAUCUCCGGAGAGAACAGCAGAGAAAUGGAUCCAGGCAGCAGAUCCUCCCCUUAAUAUUGUAACAGUUUGGUAAGUUCCAUCUGAAAAAUAAAAAGCUGAUCUCUCUGCUGAGUCAUAGACCCCGUGGAGCCGAAGUGCAGUAGCUGGAGGUCUGACGAGCCAGGAGAUGCCGGGGUACUUCAGUUGAGGCAAAGGUCUCCUAAUCAGACUGAAUGAUCAAGUCGAUUGUUUCCUCCAUGAGUAAAAUAUCCCUUGCAGGAACAUCUUCCAUUCACAGACCAUGUCGAAAGGCUCACACUUGAUUCUCUGAGACUUUGGACCUCCUGCCCUCACCAGGAUUCCUCUUGUCAAGCAAAUGUUCGUAUUCUGAGAGGAAUGGUGUUAAUCCCAAACCCAGUGAUCUCUGGCAAGUGAGAAAAUGUAGUGGGACGGAAGCAAGGACGAGAAGCCUCGAGUGGUGGAACGGAGGGGUCUCUGCUUGGGAUUUCCCCUUCCCCGUCACGCUGUCUCACAAUGUCAAAGAAGGGUGCCAGCAUCCGAGCUAAGGGAGAAAAGCCCGAUGCCUUAGCUGCCUUGCAAGCUGCCAACGAAGAGCUCAGGGCAAAACUCACAGACAUUCAAAUAGAGCUCCAACAAGAAAAGAGUAAGGUCAGCAAGUUGGAAAGAGAGAAAAACCAGGAAGUUAAGCAGAUCAAAGAGCACGAACAGCAUAAAAGUACAGUGGUGGUAACAGAGCUCAAAGUGAAACUUCAUGAAGAAAAAAUGAAGGAGCUCCAGGCUGUUCGAGAAGCACUUCUGAGGCAGCAUGAAGCUGAACUACUUAGAGUAAUAAAAAUUAAAGAUAAUGAAAUCCAGAGACUACAGUCCCUUCUGAACGCGGUACGGGAUGGGGCUCCUGACAAAGUUAAAACCGUGCUUCUCACAGAGGCGAAAGAGGAGGCCAAGAAAGGAUUUGAAGUUGAGAAAAUAAAAAUGCAGCAAGAAAUUUCAGAGCUUAAGGGGGCUAAGAAGCAAGUGGAAGAAGCUUUAACUAUGGUAAUCCAAGCUGACAAAAUUAAAGCGGCAGAGAUAAGGAGUGUGUAUCACCUGCAUCAAGAGGAAAUCAGCAGAAUUAAGAGAGAGUGCGAAAGAGAAAUUCGUCGACUGAUGGAGGAGAUUAAAUUUAAAGACAGAGCAGUCUACGUGCUGGAAAGAGAGUUAGGGGUUCAAGCCGGGCAUGCUCAGAGACUGCAGCUCCAAAAGGAGGCUUUAGAUGAACAACUUUCCCAGAUCAAAGAGUCUGACCGGCAUCUGGGCAGCCCCAAGCGGGAACUUCCUUAUGCAAGUGGUGCAGGAGACGCUUCAGAUCAUUCGGGAAGCCCCGAACAGCAGUUGGAUGAAAAGGAUGCCCGGCGUUUCCAACUUAAAAUUGCCGAGCUGAGCGCAAUCAUCCGGAAGCUGGAAGAUCGGAACGCGCUGCUGUCGGAAGAGAGGAACGAGCUGUUAAAACGUCUUAGAGAAGCUGAAAGUCAGUAUAAGCCCCUCUUGGACAAAAAUAAACGUCUCAGUAGGAAGAAUGAAGAUUUGUCACAUGCCUUACGUCGAAUGGAAAAUAAAUUAAAAUUUGUAACGCAAGAAAAUAUAGCAAUGAGGCAAAGAGCUGGAACAAUUAGGAGACCAAGCUCUCUAAAUGACCUUGACCACAGCCAGGAAGAAAGAGAAGUUGAAUCCCUGAGACUACAAGUUAUUGAACAGCAAAAUGUCAUUGAUGAACUCUUCAAGACCCUGGAAACUGCUGGCUAUGUGAAGAGUGUCAUAGAUCGCGAUAAGCUGUUAAGAUAUAGGAAACAGAGGAGAAAAAUGACAAGAAUUCCUAAGCCGGUGGUGGAGACAUUUUUCGGCUAUGACGAAGAAGCUUCCUUGGAGUCUGAUGGUUCUUCUAUCUCCUAUCAGACCGACCGAACAGAUCAGACCCCUUGCACGCCUGAUGAUGACUUGGAGGAGGGUAUGGCCAAGGAAGAAACAGAGCUGAGAUUUCGGCAGCUGACGAUGGAAUACCAGGCUUUGCAACGAGCGUACGCCCUAUUGCAAGAACAGGUCGGAGGAACAUUGGAUGCAGAACGAGAAGUUAAGACACGUGAGCAGCUCCAAGCAGAAAUAUAUAGAUCCCAGGCUCAGAUAGAAGACCUAGAAAAGGCACUUGCCGAGCAGGGUCAGGACAUGAAGUGGAUUGAGGAGAAGCAAGCGUUGUAUAGAAGAAAUCAAGAACUUGUAGAAAAGAUAAAACAAAUGGAAGCAGAGGAAGCUCGUUUAAAACAUGAUGUCCAGGAUGUCAAAGACCAAAACGAGCUCCUGGAGUUCAGAAUAUUAGAGCUUGAAGAGAGAGAAAGAAGAUCACCUGCUAUCAACUUUCAUCACAUUCCCUUUACGGAGGGGAAAAGCCCUCUCCAAGUUUACUGUGAGGCAGAAGGUGUUACAGAUAUACAAGUAGCAGACCUGAUGAAAAAACUGGACAUUUUAGGGGAUAACGCCGUAAGUAAUCUGACCAACGAAGAGCAAGUAGUUGUCAUACAAGCAAGGACAGUUCUCACGUUGGCUGAAAAGUGGCUUCAGCAGAUAGAAGUGACCGAGUCCGCGCUGCAACAGAAGAUGAUAGAUCUUGAGAACGAAAAGGAGCUAUUUAGUAAGCAGAAGGGUUACCUGGAUGAUGAACUUGACUUCAGGAAACAGUCCUUGGAUCAAGCUCACAAGCAAAUUCUGGAAUUAGAAGCCAUGCUCUAUGAUGCCCUGCAGCAAGAAGCUGGAGCCAAAAUCUCCGAACUUCUUUCAGAAGAGGAGAAAGACAAACUGAAGAGCGCUGUAGAGCAGUGGAAACGUCAGGUUAUGAGUGAACUCCGAGAACGGGAUGCCCAGAUACUGCGCGAAAGAAUGGAGCUCAUUCAGCACGCUCAGCAGAGAAUUAAAGAGCUAGAAGAAAGAAUUGAAGGACAAAAAAGACAGAUAAAAGAGUUAGAGGAAAAGCUUUCAUUCUUUGGUCAUAGUUCAUCAGGCUACAUGCAGAAGCCUAUUGAGGAAGCUAGAAAUGCUUACACUGUUAUUAACAGGAAGACAGCAUUGGUUACCAAGGUAGAAAAAGAGACAUUACAAUUUCAAAAAACCCCAAUAUAUCUCAUAUUUUGCCACUAAAAUGGAAGAGCUGAUCUUUAUGACCCUUCUAGACUGAAGAUGAAUUAGGAUAUCUGGAAAUGUCUGCAUACGUGAGGUCUGCACCACAGAAAUCUCUGACUGUGCAUUUUCAACUAAACCGACGAAGAAGAAAGCCAAAAACCCCCUUCCCUCUAUUUUAUUAACAGUUACAGGCUUCUUCCAAGGAAGUCCUAUCUCUGCUGCUUGAAAUAACUUUCAGCUUUACAUAAAAAGCAGUAUACUAAUUCAGAUAAACUGAAUAUCUUUUGGUUCCCUGCUAAGCAGGUGGUGAAUUGCUUCUCUGUGGAAGUGAAUGUGUCCUGUUUUAUAUGUCACUCAUUUAUAUUUGUUAUUCAUAGUUAUUUAAAGACCCGUCUCGAAAGAUUUUAAAAAGAGUUCCGGAGUAGUAACUCACGAAAACAUAAAUGUGAAUGAAAACAAAGUGUUUUGUUCCAAGGUAUUUUGCAUCCACUUCGAGUAAGAAGGAGAACAAAUUGCUUCGUGGAUGAUUUCAGAAGAAUGUAUUUAUCUGUCAAACACAGGCUGCAUCCAAUGGUUUGUUGAAUAUCCCACACACCCAGUUUUGGGGGAAAAAGUGAAGCUAUGCUUGAACCCUUUGGGAAAUAAGGUUGUAAUUUUUUUGGAGGAUUCAGUAGACCAUGCCCUACAGCACUAUGAGAAAAAUAGCACAAUAAUUUAUAAUUUGCUGUUCCUGAAUGAUGACAAAGACUUACCGUUGUCCCAUUGAAAAGUUCAGCUUGAAGAAAAAUGAAAUUAAAAACAUGUUAUCCCUGAUCCAAACAGCCCGAAUCGUGGAAGGUGGAAAAAAGAGAAAAGAUUUUAUUACCUUAAGGAAAGGAAGCACAAACACUGCAGAGUACGAUUCUCAGACGGUUGGGUUCAGGAGUCAGAAAAGAAAAAUGAAUCCUCUGUACAAACAGAUGAAGGAGGAAAGAAUCUGAAAGAAAUGACACCAAAGGAUGAUUCACCAAAAGACAACUGAGGCCGAGUGCACAAAUCUGGAUUUAUUAGAGAUUAAUAAGAAUAACAUCUUACCUGGAAUCUUCCAUGAUUAGGGUGUUCCUGAAAUACCCAGAAGGACAGAAUGGCAAUGAAGAAAAACUGUCUGUUCCUUGGAAGUAUAAGGCAGAAAGUAAAACCAAAGAAUUGUUGAAAGGUAUCUGCACCGCUUCCAAAUCUGUGCUGAUUUUACAAACGAAGCUGAGAAGAAAAUCCCUUAGCACCGAAAUUCUGUAAAAUCCUCCGGAUAUUUGUACCUCCACUGUUCGCUUUAAACUGGACACAGUAAACAGCGAAGGGAGAUCAGCGACCAGGAUGUAAGAGAAUGAUUUGCUCCUAAAAUUGUUAUAUUUGUACUGAAGCAGUAUGAUAAAACAUUUUAAGUCAAAGGUUAUGGAUUUUGAUAUCAGCAUAGGACUAUAUUAUGAAAGUAACUUAACUAAUUCCAGUUCUACCAGAUAGAAAUACCAAUACUGGGAUUACCUAGAUGAGCUAAAUUUUUAGUUUUGCACUUCAUGCUUACGAUAUUGUCAAACCCUCAAUGUCCCUUUUGAGUUCCACCAAAAUACUUAAGGUCUCACGACACUUUAUGUACUUGGAACAACAGCAGACAACAGCGUUCCCAUCCCCAGGCUACGGAGUGGCUGAGCUGCUCCGGAGAAGCGGUCGGAUGGAAAUCCCGUGGCCGCGCUGUGCCGGCAUCUGUGAAAAUGCCUUAACUUCAAUGCCCGGACACACAGCCCUGGUGUUCCAGGUGAGCACCGGAGUCCGGCGCUGCUGCGGCGUGAGCGCGCGCGACCCUGGCUGCGCUGGCCAGGACUGCGGAGGGUGAAGACUACUGCGUUUAACGUAGCUCGGAGACAGUUCUUCUUUUGUUCGCUCAGGCCACGCUUUGCAUGUUGUGUAUAUACGUCUAGACAGUUCAGUUGUGUUUCCCCAUUAAUUAGUCUUUCUUUAUCACCAGUUUUUUUUAAUAAAAAGCUAACUAACUGUACAGGACAGAUAAGUAUGUAAAUAAGUGAUUAUGCUUAUGUAUAUGUUAAUAUUUAUAUGUAAAACGAUAUGUACAUAGGAAAGAAAAAUGGCUCAAAGAAUGUUUUAGAAAACGUUUCUUUCUUAUGAAUGCACAGACAGAAAAGUUGCAUAAAUGUGCUGCUUAAUUUAACCAUUUUUCACUCGGUUUUCGGUCACUUUUGAGCUUGAUCCUAGCGAUUUUUUUGCACGUGGAGCAGUGCGUGUCGCUCCGUGCGGUGGCUGCACGGGGCAGGACCCAGCCGGGGGAGGGAGCUGCCCUUCGCCCGCGGCGUUGGAGCUCCCCUGCGUCCCGGCACGGCGGGGUCCGGCGCGGCUCCGCGAAACAGGAGCGCCAAGACCACGGGGUUUUUGGUUCCGUCUAAACUAGAAUCCACUCGGAUGCAGCUCACCCCGCCGGCGGCUGCACGUCGCCUACUUCAGGCCUGCGCUUGCUGUUCAAGCUGUCGAAGGACUGUGGCUAUUCGUGUCCUCCUCGAGCAGUGUCUGCAGCCUCCAGCGUACCCGUGAGUGCCUUACACAGCUUGAGAACAAAAACGCUUGUAGAUAGGGAAAAAUAACCCUGGAGUCGCUCCGGGGGGACGGAUCCAGCCAGCUCGCGUCCCCAGCGCCGCCGCAAACCCUCGCAGCGGGCGGUGUGGGUUAGCACGGGAAUGGAUUUAGUUUAGACUCAGGAAACCGCGUUGUGAAUAUCUGCAUUGAACCACGUAUGUAAGUGUUGUACGUUUUAUAAAAAGGAGCGACUGUACAUUUAUGCAAAACAGAAACAGGAGGAAGCGUCCCCCCCCCCGCCGGCGUGCGGUGACUGUUGUGUCCCCGGUGUAACCUCUCGCCAACCCUGUCCGAGUCCGUCGCGUCUGGGUCAGUGCUGCGGCGGCAGCGGACGGGCCUGAAGCGGGGCCGCGUGUCGAGCAAUUACAAAGUUUUACACAUAUUUUUGUAUCGUGAUUCAUAUGAUAUAUAUAUAUAUAUAUCAAGAGCCUUUCUAUUCAUUUGUAAAAUACAUAAAGUAUUGUAAACUUUUAAUAAAAAGAACUGUUUUAAAGCUUCAA